AUGUCGACGCGUUCUGCCCCGAAUAAACGACGCGAGACCAGGGCGGCGACCACGGUGCUCGCCAGAAGAUAUUUACUGGAGAUAUUCGGACAUUUGCUUCCCUAUGACAUUCUCCGCCUGGCGCGAUCAACCCGGAAUUUCAGAAGACUCAUUAUGCACCCUUCAUCGCUCUCCUGUUGGGGAGCAUCCCUCGCCAAUGUUCUCGAUUUGCCGGAUCCAUUUCCUGGCAUGACCGAACCGGCUUGGGUGAACCUAGUUUUUAAUCCACAGUGCCACGUAUAUCUUCCUCGUUUGCUCCAUGAUUCGAACGCUCAAUUCACCAUGUUGGCACAAACAUGUCAUAACCAUCUCGCAUUGAAUCAUGGAUGUGGAUGCACCUUGACACAAAUGGAAGGAUAUGCUGGUGAGCGUCAUGCUGGCCGGUAUGCUUCCGUUGCAGAUCGACAAAAAGCCACCAGACGCAAACAUAUUCUUCGGCAGGAUUUUUCAUGA